AUGUGGUUAGAAAGGUGCAUUGAUGCCCGGGCUUUUGUCCCACCAGAAUCCCAUGUUGCAAGCACUCCAUUCCCUGAUUUUCCUCUACCAGGAUUUCCGGAAAUGCGUAUCUGUUCCACUGGCUUUGGACGUAUUGACCUUUUGCAUCUACGCAAGGUAGUUGAGCUGAUGGGUGCUACGUAUGGAGACUUCUUAACGCAGAAGGCAUCUGUUCUUAUUUGCAAGGACCCUCAAACGGCCAGUUCAGACAAAUUACGCCAUACAUCAGAAUGGGGAGUUCCAGCAGUCUCUGCGGACUGGCUUUGGAUUUCGAUCCAAGCAGGGCAAAAAAAGCCGUUUGAUCCGUAUCUUGUUCGACGACACCCUUCACAAAAUGUCAGCAAUACCGAACAAACUGGCCCUGGUUCUGCAAAGCGAAAGCACCUACACCAAGCCGUUGAUGAACGACGGCGAACAGACUCGCCACUCAGUGGCUCUAUUGAUUCUCAACCAAAGGAUCUAAGGAGACAAGACUCCGCGAAGGGAGCAACGAGCAGAACGGUACCGGUUAUCGGAGACGGGUUCGAGGACGAUGCACCAAAACCCUCUGUGCCCGAGUCUAGAUCUCCAUCCCCGGCUAAGAUACCAGAACAACAGGCCGUGGAGGAACCUAGCACAAAGGAGACAACUCCGAACACUGAUUCAGCACCUAAAACCGGCCCAUCCGCAUUAGAUACUGCACUAAGUGGCCUCCUUCAGCAAGCCCGAGCUGCCAAAUCAAGGCAGCAAGCUGAACCCACCACCGACACCAGCAACCCAUCCAGACGAAAGCGCAAGCCCCUUUUAGGCCGCGCGCCUUCCCAUACUUCAGCAAAGACUCUGGAAAAUACACUCUCACGCGCCAGCUCAAUUGACACAUUGAACGACGACGGCCUCGGCAGCGCCCUUGAAACCGCUCAUGCAACAAGAGACAACUCCCAAUCUCUCACCCGAGGCGAACAGAGUCUAUCAUCUAUGCUCAGUGGUGGGAAAUUCGAUUUCUUGAAUGACCGACUGCCAGCUCACACCGAGGAAGAAGACGAGGAAAACCAGCAGCCACAGAUGACACAGCUGGAUUAUGAGGACCCCGACGCGGCUGCCAUGAGGACUGAAUUCCUCCGAGAUGCAGGGAAGCUAUCGGACAAAACGAAAACCGGCGGUGGUGUGCAUGUCGGGGAAGUGCGGGAGUUAGAGGAUCUUGGGUGGGCUUCUGGGCGAAGGACGAGGAAGCACCCUAUUCGAAUCGAUGAUGACUGA